AUGUCCAGAGUAUUAAAGUGGCAGGAUUUAUAUUACAAGGCUAGUAAGCGGGUGAUGAUCGAACAAGCCAAUUUUUUGGAUUUUCAAGAUUGCAUGCGGUUUAACCAAGAGCACGCAUUAGAACUCCAGAGAAUCGAAGAAGACCUUGCAUCAGGAAAAUUGAGGCCGAAUGGUGAACAUGGUGGUCCUCAAAGGUCCUUUGGAGGUCAUAAUGAGAGAUCAGAUGGUUAUGACAAAAUGAGACAUAAUAGAAAUCAUGGUCUGGCUUUCAAC